CGCGGGCUCGGGCGGCGGCUGCGGCGGGGCUAUGGCGAGUGGCGGUGGCGGUGGCGGUGGCGCUGGUAACACCGGCGCAGGUGGGGGCUCGGGGCUGGGCCUGAGCCUCGGCCUGGGCCUGAGCCUCGGCAUGGGUGAGGCCACCGGCGAGGCGGAGGAGGAGGCUGCCACGGCCGAGGCGGUGGGACGCCUGGCCACGGCUCUGUGGCUGCGGCUCCGCGGCUGGGAGGCGGUGCUAGCGGCAGUGCAGCGGCUGCUGGUGUGGGAGAAGCCGCUGCACAGCCUGGUCACGGCGGCCGCGCUCAACGGCCUCUUCUGGUUGCUGUCUUCCUCCUCCCUACGGCCCUUCUUCCUACUCAGCAUCUCACUUUUGGCCUAUUUUCUGUUGGAUCUCUGGCAGCCUCGCUUCCUCCCUGACAUCUCAGCAUCAUCCCCAGAGGAGCCACACUCUGACAGUGAGGGUGCGGGGUCAGGCGCCCGGCCGCACCUGCUGAGUGUGCCCGAGUUGUGCAGAUACCUGGCUGAGAGCUGGCUCACCUUCCAGAUUCACCUGCAGGAGCUGCUGCAGUACAAGAGGCAGAAUCCAGCUCAGUUCUGUGCUCGCGUCUGCUCUGGCUGUGCUGUGCUGGCUGUGCUGGGACACUAUGUUCCGGGGAUUAUGAUUUCCUACAUUGUCUUGCUGAGUAUCCUGCUGUGGCCCCUGGUGGUUUAUCAUGAACUGAUCCAGAGGAUGUACACUCGUCUGGAGCCCCUGCUCAUGCAGCUCGACUACAGCAUGAAGGCGGAAGCUGAUGCCCUGCAUCACAAACACGACAAGAGGAAGCGGCAGGGGAAGAAUGCACCCCCCGGAGGUGAUGAGCCACUGGCGGAGACAGAGAGUGAGAGCGAGGCAGAACUGGCUGGCUUCUCCCCAGUGGUGGAUGUGAAGAAAACAGCACUGGCUUUGGCCAUUACAGACUCAGAGCUGUCAGAUGAGGAGGCUUCUAUUUUGGAAAGUGGUGGCUUCUCUGUAUCCCGGGCGACGACUCCACAACUAACUGACGUGUCGGAGGAUUUGGACCAGCAGAGCCUGCCAAGUGAGCCAGAGGAGGCCCUGAGUCGGGAGCUAGGGGAGGGAGAGGAGACAGACCUGGCCCCUCCCGAAGACCUGCUGGGCUCCCCUCAGGCCCUCUCAAGGCAAGACUUGGACUUGGAGGAGGAAGAAGAUGUGGCAUCCAAGGAAACCUUGCUUCGGCUCUCAUCCCCCCUUCACUUUGUGAACACGCACUUCAAUGGGGCAGGGUCUCCCACAGAUGGAGUGAUGGUCUCCCCUGGAGGACCAGUGGAGACACUGAGCCCAGAGGCAGUGAGUGGUGAUCUCAUCACUCCACCUAGCGCCCUGUCACCCCUACUUUGCCUUGCUGAAAAUGACCCGGCCCCUUCCCCCUCAGUACUCCCGCCUCUUCCCCAGGACUCACCCCAGCCCCUGCCUGCCCCCGAGGAAGAAGAGGCACUCACCACUGAGGACUUCGAAUUGCUGGAUCAGGGGGAGCUGGAGCAGCUGAAUGCAGAGCUGGGGUUGGGGCCAGAGACAUUCCCAGAGCCCGCUGAUGCUCCACCCCUAGGGCCCAAUACCCCGUCUCUGGUACAGUCAGCCCAAGAGGCUCAGGCCACGGCAGAGCCAUGAACCCCAGGGGAAGGAGUUGCAGGCACAGUAGGGCUUCUUGGCUAGGGAUGUCACUGUUUCCUCCUUUCCCUACUGCCCUGGGGAGGAGCAAUAUGUGGGGAAGCUGGCUAUCAGAUGGAGCCAGUCCGCCCUCCGCCUGCCUGCCUGCCUGCCUGCUAUCCUGGGCCUGGUACAGUACCUGGGAUUGGUUUUAAGCUUGUAAAUAAUUUUACAUUUGGGUUAGUGGAUGUGAACAGGGCUAGGAGAGUCCUUCCCACUUGCUUCCCUGCCUCAACUCUAGUUUCAUUCCACAAUGCCCCAAGCCCUGGUGGUAUGUCCCUUUCUUUUUCCUCCUAUCCUCAGGGACCUGUGCUGCUCUGUCCUCGUGUCCCAUUCGGUUGUUUAGUUCAGGCACUUUAUCAUUUUUCUCUCCUGUCCCUCGCUCCUCUCUGCUUUAUUUCCCUGCUGUGUCCUGUCCUUAGCAGCUCAAUCCCCACUCUUUGCCAGCUCCUCCUUCCCAGCAGGCCCCGGCUAAGCUUUAGGGAGGCUCCUGUCUGGGAGGUGCAGACGAAGCCCCAGGUGGUGGGUCAGGUCAGUAGUUAUAUGCUUAGUCGCUGUAGCCCGUGUAACCUCCACUGCACCCUUGCCCUGGUUCAUCCCAGCCUUUCCCAAUGCAGGAUGGGAGCAGGGAUCCCACAGCACAUGCGCCAGCACUACGUUAGUGAGCAGGAGCUCUGUCUUGUGGGGUGAGGGGCUUUCUUACUAUCUUAGGAAUAAGGAGACCUGCUUCUCUGGGCCAUGGUCCAAGUGUGGUGGGACCCCCUACUAGGGUCAGGAAGUGGACAGUAACAUCUGUGCAGGUGUUGACUGGAACAAUAAAGUAUUGAUGGCUAGAACUGC